AUGUUGAAGAUAUGGUCGAUGAAGAAGGAGCAGAAAGAGGCGGAGAACGCUGAGGGCCAGGCCUCGGGCGGCAAGAAGAAGAAGGUGACGGCAGCUCAGCUGCGCGUGCAAAAGGAUUUGUCAGAGCUCUCCCUGGGUUCCACGAUGAAGACAGAAUUCCCUGACCCCGACGACAUUCUCAACUUUGUGCUCACGAUCGACCCCGACGAGGGCAUGUACCGCGGCAGCCGCUUCACAUUCGACUUCACCAUCAACCAAAACUUUCCCCACGAGCCUCCCAAGGUCCGGUGCCGGGAGAAGAUCUACCACCCCAACAUCGACCUCGAGGGCAAGGUGUGCCUAAACAUUCUCCGAGAAGACUGGAAGCCAGUCCUGAACCUGAACGCGGUGAUAGUCGGACUUCAGUUCCUCUUCCUCGAGCCCAACGCAUCCGAUCCGCUGAACAAGGAGGCAGCCGAAGACCUACGAAACAACCGAGAAGGAUUCAAGCGCAACGUCCGAACCGCGAUGGGCGGUGGUGUGGUCAAGGGCCAGAGUUACGACAGAGUCCUCAAAUAG